CGUACACCGUGAGGCCGCACAGGGACGUCAGAACGGAGGCGCGUAGCUUGAGGAAGAUGGCGUUGGAGGCCUGUCGAUGACAGCAAGGAAAACGCGGAGUAAAAGAGACUUUUAUUUGUUUCCCGCGUGAAGAAUACAACCAGAGUGGAACGUUGUAUGCUGAACCGAAGGCCGUCCUAAGACAGCCCUUCCGCUUAAAGUUACCGACAUAAGGAGAGGUGCACUUAUAACAAUGGCAACAGAAAUUGGCUCACCACCUCGGUUUUUCCACAUGCCUCGGUUCCAGCACCAGGCACCUCGACAGCUCUUCUACAAACGGCCUGAUUUUGCUCAACAACAAGCUAUGCAGCAGCUCACCUUUGAUGGAAAGCGCAUGAGGAAAGCUGUUAACCGCAAAACAAUUGACUACAACCCCUCUGUAAUUCGCUACCUAGAGAAUCGCCUCUGGCAAAGGGACCAUCGUGAUUUUCGAGCAAUCCAGCCUGAUGCUGGUUAUUAUAAUGAACUUGUUCCACCAAUGGGUAUGCUGAAUAACCCUAUGAAUGCAGUAACAACAAAGUUUGUCAGAACAUCAACAAAUAAAGUUAAAUGCCCUGUUUUUGUAGUCCGGUGGACUCCAGAAGGGCGACGUUUAGUAACAGGCGCAUCCAGUGGAGAAUUUACUUUAUGGAAUGGUCUGACUUUCAACUUUGAAACAAUCUUGCAGGCCCAUGACAGCCCUGUGAGAGCAAUGACUUGGUCUCAUAAUGACAUGUGGAUGCUGACAGCAGAUCAUGGAGGUUAUGUUAAGUACUGGCAGUCCAACAUGAACAACGUCAAGAUGUUCCAGGCGCACAAGGAGGCGAUUAGAGAAGCCAGUUUCUCACCAACGGAUAAUAAAUUUGCAACUUGCUCAGACGAUGGAACUGUUCGAAUUUGGGACUUUCUACGAUGCCAUGAAGAGAGAAUCCUCCGAGGACAUGGUGCUGAUGUGAAAUGUGUUGAUUGGCACCCUACGAAAGGUCUCGUGGUCUCAGGGAGUAAAGACAGCCAGCAGCCAAUCAAGUUUUGGGAUCCUAAAACUGGACAAAGUUUAGCAACCCUACAUGCCCACAAGAAUACAGUAAUGGAAGUCAAGUGGAAUCUGAAUGGCAACUGGCUGUUAACAGCCUCACGUGAUCACCUUUGCAAGCUCUUUGAUAUACGCAACUUAAAAGAAGAACUGCAGGUUUUCAGGGGACACAAGAAAGAAGCUACAGCUGUUGCAUGGCAUCCUGUACAUGAGGGACUUUUUGCAAGUGGUGGUUCAGAUGGUUCCCUCCUUUUCUGGCACACAGGUGUUGAAAAAGAAGUGGGAGGCAUGGAAAUGGCUCAUGAAGGAAUGAUUUGGAGUUUGGCGUGGCACCCUCUUGGUCACAUCCUUUGUUCUGGGUCUAAUGACCAUACAAGUAAAUUCUGGACACGGAAUCGACCUGGGGACAAAAUGAGGGACAGAUACAAUUUAAACCUCUUGCCAGGAAUGUCAGAAGAUGGUGUAGAAUAUGAUGACAUUGAGCCAAAUAAUUUGGCUGCCAUACCAGGUAUGGGGAUUCCAGAACAGUUAAAGAUGGCUAUGGAACAGGAACAAGCUGCAGGUAAAGAGGAGCCAACUGAGACAGAGAUGACAAUCCCUGGACUAGAUUGGGGAAUGGAAGAAGUAAUGCAGAAGGAUCAGAAGAAAGUCCCUCAAAAGAAGGUUCCUUAUGCCAAACCCAUCCCAGCACAAUUUCAGCAGGCUUGGGCAGAGAAUAAGGUUCCUACUCUGCCUCCUGGGGAGCUCCCAAAGGAACGAAAGGAUGAAAAGAAAGUAGAAGUAAAAAAGAAGACUCAGGCCGAGAUUGAACAGGAGAUGGCAGCCUUGCAGUAUACAAACCCAUUACUAUUGGAGCAAAUGAAGAUUGAGCGUAUGGCACAGAAACAGAGUGAGCAGGGACAACCUCCUCAACAGGGAGCUAUAUCUUCAUUCCCUAAUCAGACACCAUUGACCCAGGCUUCACCAAAUUUCCAGCAGCCUCUUCAACCCCAGCAAAUGCCUACAAACAUAAAUCCAAUGGGCUCUAAUGGUCCACAAGUACCUUUCCUUCCUCAGAAACAAAUGGGACCUCCUGGACCUCAGCUCCACCAAAGUCAUCCUACUCAGCAGGGCUUCUUAGGCCCUCAGGAAGUACCUGGGUCACAAGGUAUACAGAGACACCCUGCUCCACUUGGGCCCAUUGGGCCUCAGGGUCCUCCAGGCAUGUCAAACAACAAAGGAAUACAUGUUUCCCCAGGGAUUCCCCCUGGACAGCGAGGAAUGCAAGGACCACCUGGAGGCAUGCCGGGACACCAACCCUGUGGAAUAGGACCAAGAGACAGUCAAGGGUCCCCUAUCCAGGGUAACAUGAUGGGACCUCAAGACCUAAGAGGAAUCCCUAACCAGGGUACAUUAGUGAACCAUCCUCUUGAUCUGGACAUGAGAGGGCACCAAGUACCCCCAGUACAAGGGGCUAUGAUGGGGCAACCAUCUCAUGGACUACAGGGACAACAAAACCAGUCUAGAGGUCCACAAGUUCCACAGGUGCAUGGUAAUAUGCAAGGGCAUGGAAAUAUGCCAGUGCCGGGAAAUAUGCAACCCCAUGGUAACAUGCCAGGACCAGGAAACAUACAAGGGCCAGGCAACAUGCAGGGUCAUGGCGGCAUGCCUGGGCCAGGGAACAUGCAGGGACAUGGAGGCAUGCCUGGCCCGGGGAGCAUGCCAGGGCACGGCGGCAUGCCUGGCCCGGGGAGCAUGCCAGGGCACGGCGGCAUGCCUGGCCCGGGGAGCAUGCCAGGGCACGGCGGUAUGCCUGGCCCGGGGAGCAUGCCAGGGCACGGGAACAUGCCAGGGCCAGCUAGCAUGCAGGGUCCAGCACCGUAUAUGCAACAAGGAAAGCCACCAUUGUUAGGUGAAGGACCUAGACCUCCUUUUAACCAGGUUCAGAAUCAAGGACCUCCACCUCUAAUGUCUGGGAUUGUGCAACAGGGUCCUGGCCCCAGCAAAGAUACCCGUGGACUUCCAAACCAUCAUCUGGCCCCCCAUUUGGAUCGACGAGGGCCUGAUGGAGGUGGAGGACCUGAUCAAACAUCAGAAAGAGGAGGCCGUUUUUGGGGGGAGUCCCGUGAUGGUCGCCGUGGUCCACCUUCUGAUAUGGAUGGUUCAGAUGAGAGAUUCCAUCUUAGAGCUGAAGAAAAUUGGAGAAUACAACGUGGACAAGGAUCAGAGUUCCGAGAAAGUGAUGGAAGAGGAGGUCCCAGUAGAGGUGGCCCUCAAGGCAGCUGGGAUGGACGUCGGCUCUCUGAGGAAAGAUUCUCGCGUGAAAGUGAUGAGCCAAGAUUCAGAGGAAGACGAGAGGAGAGGUUUGAAAAUUAUGAUGGCCCCAUCGAUGAAUUUGAACAGUUGCGCUCAAGAGACCAGAGGCGGGCUCCCCAUGGUAGACACAACCAAGAAUUUGAUUAUGAGCAAACGGAUGAAUCGUAUCGCAGAGGAGGAUCUCGACAUGAGAGCAGAAGUGGACGGGGCUUUUCUGAUGAUUUUACUAAUGAAGACAGCUUUGAGAAGGAGGAGAAAGGAAGGAGCUGGGAGUCUGGUGGCAACAGGGGCCGCAACCGAGGACCACAUCGAGGAGGGCGGAAGGGGCUACUUCCAACCCCAGAUGAGUUCCCCUCCCAUUAUGAAGGUGGACGUAAAUCUGAAUCCUGGGAUGGAAGCAGAGAUCAGGGUCAUGAGCACUUCAGAGAUGGUAUGCGCCAAGACCAUCCGCCAAGAGAAUGCUCUUCUCCAGCUGGCAGGGACCGUUCAUCUUCUCUUCAGGGCAUGGACAUGGCUUCUCUACCUCCACGAAAGCGACCCUGGCAUGAUGGACCUGGUACAGCAGAUGUUAGAGAACGUGACUCGCCAGGCAGGGGACCCGAAGAGAGAACGCCAGGUCGAGGAUCUUCCCAACGCAAUGUUAAGUCUGGUCGGUCAGCUUCACAAGAUAAGGAUCAUCACCGGGAUGAUGGCUACAGUGGCAGUUCCCGUGGGGGUGGAGGCAGGGGUGCUGCCUGGGGAAGAGGAGGUGGUGGCGGUGGUUCAAAUAGCUCAAGUCAGUCACGCAGGGGCUCAUCUAGAGGAUCUUCCCGAGGAAGCCGGGGACGAUAAAAUAAAGGGAAAUGCAGACAGUGUUUCUUCUCCACCUCUGCGAGGGCAGCACUGCAAGUCCUCAGAAGACUGGCCAGGUUUGGAGCAGUGCUCUCAGGAAGUCAUGUGAGCAACACAUUUUGAGGACAGAAGCUCUGCUGCAGACAGAUGUGUUACUCAAACCAUGUCUGUUCAUCAUCUUUGUUUAAAAAAAAAA